CCUCACCUUCAAUAAUUAUUUCUAUAAGAAUCUCAGUUCUCAACCACUCUCAUUUCCAUUCAUCUCUCUCCUCUCACUAUUCCCAGGUUAAUUAGGUGUCCUCCCCAACGAUGACGAGGCAGCAGAAGCAGAUCGCUCUGCGCCCCUCGUCAUCGUUGGUGGCGCGGCGUCAGCCGCUCCUGGAGGCCUACGCGCCGCAGGACCGGCUGACGGCGCGUCUGGCGGAGGUCGUGGGCGGCACCACGGCGGAGUGCGCGGCGGUGUGCUGCUGCUGCCCCUGCGGCCUCGUCAACCUCCUCGUGCUCGCCGUGUGCAAGGUGCCCGCGGGGCUCUGCCGCAAGGCGCUGCGCCGGCGCAGGCUCGUGAAGAUGGGGCUGCGGCCGGCGGCGGCGGCCAAGUGCACGUGCGACGAGAAGGACUUUGAGAUUCGGCCCGUCCCCGUCCCAGCCCCUGACUUGUUCGAGUCGGGGCCCGAGAGCAUGGAGGUGAUCGAGCUCGAUAAGGAGAUGUUCGCUCGGUUUUAUGCUGGAGGAUUCUGGCGGAGCUCGUCUGUCAGAAUGUGAUUUCUGCCUAGUGCUCGGAACGGUGGUCUUGCAACAUCGGUUCUAUUUUAUUUAUGCGACAUAUAUAAUGUGGGAUACGUGUGUUACUAUGAAAUAAAAUGGAUCCCAACUUAAUUGAGAUAUGCAUC